AUGGCUGCGCUUCCUACUCCUUUGCUUUUGUUGCUGGCUACCGUCAUCGAGUCCGCGGCUACGGUGGCUCUCAUCCCGCAAUAUCUACCUGAACACCCGCUUCUUUGGGUGUUUGUACGUGCGAUUGGGUUGAAUGUCGCGCUGUAUGCUUUUUACAGAAUCACAAUCUACCCGCGUUUGUUGUCACCAUUGAGGCAUUUGCCCGGUCCUUCGGGCGGCAAGAUCCUCCUCGGUCAUGGACUCACAACCUUUGAACGACCUUCAGGAACCAGUUCGCUCAAAUGGAUGAAGGAGAUUCCCAACGAUGGUCUUUUACACUUUCGCGGCUUCUUCAACUCCCCCCGACUCAUCAUCACCAAUCCGAAGAUCUUGGGAGAACUUCUCGUCACAAAAGCGUAUGACUUUGAAAAGCCGAAGCCGGCGAGAGAUUUCUUGCGAAAGAUUAUUGGAGAUGGUUUGAUCAUUGUCGAGGGCGACGAUCACAAAUUCCUACGCAAGAAUAUGAUGCCUGUCUUCAGCUAUCGACACAUCAAAAACCUGUAUCCCAUCUUCUGGCAAAAGUCGGUUCAAUUGUUGGACGGCAUGCAGCAAGAAAUUGCCGAGAAGGAGCAAGAAGCUGGAGAGGGCAAGGCGGUGGUGGAAGUCAAUCACUGGGCAACGACCGUCACCAUGGACAUUAUCGGUCUGGCAGCCAUGGGCAAAGACUUUGCAAGCAUGAAGAACAGCGACGACCCCCUCGUGCAAGUCUACGAAGAACUCCUCGAACCGACGUUUGAAAAGCAACUCUUCUUCCUCCUCAACAUGCUCUUCCCCCAGAAACUCAUCGGCAGUCUUCCCUGGAAAGUCAACGAGCGACAAAAAGUCAUCCUCGACACCCUCAACAAAGUCACCUCGGGUCUCGUACAAGAUAAGAAACAAUCCAUCAAAACGGAAUCCGACUCCCACAAAGACAUCCUCUCCAACUGCCUCAAAUCCGAAACCUUUUCCGACCCGCAACUCGUCGAUCAACUCCUCACUUUCCUCGCCGCAGGCCACGAAACCACCUCUUCAGCGCUGACAUGGACCACCUACCUUCUCGCCAUCCACCCCGAAAUUCAAAAAUCCCUCCGCGCCGAAAUCCGCCAAGCAAUCCCCUCCCCAACAUCUCCAUCCUCCGAAGAAGGUGCAGACCCAACCUUCGACCUAGCAGCAACCCUCGAAUCCCUCCCCCUCCUCAACGCAGUCUGCAACGAAGCCCUACGCCUCUACCCCACAGUCCCCCUAACAAUCCGCGAAAGCGUCAACCCCACCACCCUCGGAACCCAAUCAAUCCCCAUCGGAACACAAAUCAUCCUCCCCAUCCACGCCAUGAACCGUCUCCCAGCCUUCUGGGGCCCAGAUUCCGAACUCUUCACUCCCGAACGCUGGAUCGACACGGAUGAGAAGACAGGGGAGCGAAGACCGAAUAAUUCGGGGGGAGCGCCUAGUAAUUAUGUUAAUUUGACUUUUUUGCAUGGGCCUAGGAGUUGUAUUGGACAGGGUUUUGCCAAGGCGGAAUUGAGAUGUUUGGUUGCUGCUGUUGUGGGGAGGUUUGUGAUGGAAAUGGCUGAUCCGCAUGAGGUGGUUGUUGCUAGUGGGGUCAUUACUACUAAGCCGAAGAAUGGCAUGAGGUUGAGGAUGAAGGGUGUUGGGGGGUGGUGA